AUGAGUCCCACGUCGUUGGCUCUGGCGCUCUUCCUCUUCGUUGCCUGCACUGGCACGCUCACUGGCAGUGCAGCUGCGUCCAUCAAGUUCCCCUACGCGUCCGCGGAUGGGGCUGCCCGAUACGCCGGGUGGGUGCCCACCUACACCGCCGCUGCCGCUCAGUCCGACCUCCACCGCGUGACCCUCUACCUCACCCCCAGCAACCCCGCCCUCCUCGACCCUUGCUCGGAGGCUCCUCCGGCCAUCGCUGGCUUCUAUGUGCAGAUCAACUCCACCAACCCGGCUGUGGGCAAGUCCAAGUCGGAGUGGCUCGAUUCUCAGUGCACCUUCAACGGCAACUACACCACGUGCACCGGCUCGGUCAAGGCGUGGCUCUAUGACGCCUUGAACGUGUCGGUGGCGGCCGCGUUCGAGAACGACCAUGUUGGCCCGAGCGGCUACAACCCUUACCCCGUCCUGGCCACUCCGCCCAUCGUACCCCAGAACAUCUGGAAGCAGUACAACAUUCCGCCCAACACGCUGGUGACGACCAACGUGACCCAGUGCGUGGUCGAGUUCGAGCAGCAGUACUACUCGCCCUCGGAUCUCACCCUCUUCCUCGAGCAGACCGGUCUCCCCACCGACACCCCCGUCACCGUCAUCGGACCCAACUACCCGAACCAGCCCGGCGGUGAGGCCAACCUCGACAUUCAGUACAUCAUGGGCGUUGCUCCAGGUGCGCCGACCGUGUUCUGGUCGAUCUACGCCAACUCCACGGUCGAGAUCGACGACAUCCUGCAGUGGGCGCUCCAGAUGUCCAACACUGAGAACCCCCCGCAGGUGAACAGCCUGAGCUACGGCAUGACCGAGGUCAACGUCGACAAGUACCUGGGCAAGGGCUACCUGGCCCGCGCUGACUUUGAGUUCAAGAAGCUGGCCCUCCGCGGCAUCACCAUCAUCAUCGCCUCGGGCGACACCGGCGCCGGCGACCUGGGCGACGAGCCCAUGGCCGUGCCCAACUGCAACACCCUGCACGCCGAUUGGCCGUCGCAGUCUGCCUACGUCACCUCCGUCAGCUCUACGAUUAUUACGCCCGCGGCGGAGCCCAUCUGCUACCAGCAGGGCGUUGAUUGCCUCGACGGGCCGCUCGGCGAGAUCGUUGUCUCGGUUGACCAGGGCCUGUUCUGGACGACCGGCGGCGGUUUCUCGAACAUCAGCGCUCGUGCGCCCUACCAGGCCCAGGAGGUGGAACGCUACCUCAACCACAAGUCCAUCACCUUCCCCGCCUCUGGCGUGUGGAAUCCCAAUGGCCGCGCCUAUCCUGACGUGUCGGCGGUUGGCCACAACUUGAUGGUGGCCCUGAGCGGCAAGUUCAUUCCCGUGGACGGCACGAGUGCGAGCGCGCCCAUCUUCGCCGGCGUGGUGACCCUCCUCAACGACGCGCGCGCCGCCGCUGGCCUGCCGCCGCUGGGCUUCCUCAAUCCGAUGCUCUACAAGGCCCGCCGCGAGCGUCCCCAGACCUUCUAUGACGUGACGUGGGGCAACAACCGCUGCGGCGCUCUCGGCUUCGAUCCCGUGUGCUGCCCGCACGGCUACCACGCCACCGACGGGUGGGACGCCGCCUCUGGCCUGGGCACGCCCAACUUCCUGGAGCUCAAGGAGUUCGUCCUCCAGUACCCCAAGGCCCACUGA